CUUCGGGGCAUUUAAAUGCAACGACCACCAAAGUCUCUCUUCUCUCUGUCUUUGUCUCUCUAAACUUCAAAGUUCAAACACCGUCACACUCACACACACGCCAUGGGAGAAGAAGAAACCGAACAAGUCUCUUCUUCCUUCUUCUCUCAUCCUCUCUUCUCCUGUUUCAUCACUCUCUACUUUCUAAUCCUCAUCUACUUCCCUAAUGAUUUGCUUCGAAUCUCUCUCUCCCCUGUUCUCCUCAUCUCCGGAGCUCUACUCCUCUCUCUUCUCUAUCUCGGGUCAACCCGAGAACCCAACAUCCGACCCGAAACAAGAAACGAGAAUCUCGAGGAGAAAGCUAAAAACUACUCUAACGCUGUCCUGAUUCAAGAUUCCGACAAGAAUCCAGAUCAUUUGCCGUGUGGUUUCGUGGAGUGGAACUUGAGAGCUCCAUUGGAAGUGAUACACGAAGCUUACGAAGAGAACGACGAUGAAGACGAAGAAGAAGAAGAGAACCCGGGUGGUGAAAAAGACCCGACCCGGUUUAAAGAAAUCGUGAGGUUCCCGUCGCUGUCUCUCUGUUACCCGGAAUCAGAUUCGGAUUCGGAUUCGGAUUCUGCUUCCUCGUCGGAAUUCAAAUUCCCGGAGAUCGGUGACUGGAACUCGCCGGGAUUCAGAUGGGAAGAGGAGGAGGACGACGACGACGGUGGUGGAACUGGAAGAAGAGAAGGUUUGAUCGAGAUGAAGUUUGAUUGUAGCUAUAAUAAUAACAAGAGCAAGAUGAUCAUGAGUAAAUGGAGUAAAUGGAAUCAAACAGAGUUGGAAUUUUACGGAGAGGACGAAGAUGGUUUAAUCGAAAUCAAUCUUUUUUCAUAGACAAUAAAAUAUAUAUAUUUUUAUGGGAUAUUUACUUAUGUAACAUAAGUAAAUUAUUUGAUAACCAAACUAAUUCAAACCAAAAAAAAUUGUUUGGUUAAUUUCGGUUAUCUUGACCUUUAACUAAAAUAUAUGAACCAAAUUGAAAAAAUCGGUUCAAAUUGGCAGGCUAUAAGCCUCUAUAAAUAUAAUCCUCCCUUUUUAAUUCCAUGUCAAUUUUUUAUUUUUAUUUUUGAGUCUUUAUUUUCUUCAUUAGCAAUAUUUGUUAUUAGUUAUGGAGAUAUAUUCAGAUAUGUAUGAUAAUGAAUAGUUUUUUUUAAAUAUUUUAUUUUACAUCCA